GAUGAGCAUGAGGCGGGAAAAGGAAUGCAGCUCUGCUCUGUUUACCUCUUCCUCGUUUUCUUGCUCUCUCACUCCUGACACAUCCACUCUCUCUCUCUCUGCCACCUCCCUCUUCCCCCUCUGUCUCUCUAUCUCUCUCUCUCUCUCUCUCUUUCUGUGAGUAUGCUCAGUCAUUCAGCGCCGUGCACCGCUGCUGUUUCGUGAGGGUGGAGAGCCGGUGGGAAGCCUGUGAUUGAGAAAAUAAGCGCCUGUGCUGGAGUCGGCUACCUCGGAGACAAACUAGAUAGAGCGGAAGCACCCAGGGGGGCUGUGGAUUUUAACCUGCUCAUGUCAAGAAGAGAUGGAUUUAUGGAGCCCGUGAACUUUGGAGAGAAUGUACUUCACGUGUAAAAGACAUAAACAGAUCCUGUUUGUCAUCAGGAGGAACGAAGGUCUCUGAAAUCUUGAACACGGUCUGAUGUAGAUCUGCGCCCGAGAGGUCGAAAAACCCUGGAGGUUAAAUCAUUGAGAUGUGAGGUGGGGACGCGUAAUUUAACAGGCAAAAGACACCGCUCAGCAAGGUUAACCUCAACGACAUCUGUUAUACCUGAUCACACCUGAGACCCGAGGGGAAACGACUGUCUCGAGGCAGGAUUAAAGGAAUAACCCGUGAUGUCACACUUCACCUGGGGCAGUCGUCUGAGACUCUGCUGAGUAGUUGUGGCGGCGGUAGCAGCAGCAAGACUUAAUUUCCAGGUGUGUAAACCACACCAGACUUGACUCACCUGACAUCAUCCCUUCUCUGUUUUGAGCUCAGCCCCUCAGCUCAUUUUCUCACCUCAUCUUCUCAGUACGCGCAGCUCUCAAACCCACCACCACCACCACCGCCACCGCCACCACCACCUCUUGUUUCCUCCCCAUGGAACCGCUGGAGAGGCGAGAGAAGAGACGCUGAUUAAUGUGACUCCCAGCAGCCCGCGACUGAUUCCACCGCACUAGAAAUAGAAAGCAAAACGAAACAGCGGCGGCACUUGUGAACUGUCAUCAAGAGAAGCACCAUGUGGAAUCAAUCUGGAUACUGCAAUCACAUACCUCACCAUGGAUAUCCCUUCUACCAUGCACCCUGCAGUCAUAACCAGAGGACCACGGCGUUUCGCCAUCCUGUGAGCGGACAGAUCUCUCCGGAGAACAUGGAUUUUAUCCUGCAAGAACAGCCGCAGGGUGCUUCCAUGAUGUCCAAAUCGGUGGCUGAGCAGCUCUCCAGCACCACCGUCAGUGAGGCCUCCACUGCCGUCACCUCCUCCACUGUGGACACCACCGCUGCCUCCAAGGGCUCCCGGAAGGUGCACAGCUUUGGGAAGAGAGAGCAGGCCAUUAAAAGGAAUCCCAAUGUCCCCGUGGUGGUCCGAGGAUGGCUGUACAAACAGGACAGCUCUGGGAUGCGUCUUUGGAAGAGGAAGUGGUUCGUGUUGGCUGAUUUCUGCCUGUUCUACUACAAAGACAGCAGAGAGGAAGCGGUCCUUGGCAGUAUUCCUCUGCCCAGCUAUGUCAUUUCACCCGUGGGACCUGAGGACCACAUCAGCCGCAAGUAUGCCUUCAAGGCUAGCCACACCGGUAUGCGCUCGUACAUUUACAAGCAGAGCUCUGUGAUUGGCUCGCAGGCGGAGCACACUGGGAUGCGGACGUAUUACUUCAGCGCCGACACCCAGGAGGACAUGAACACCUGGCUGAGGGCCAUGAACCAGGCCACGUUGAUGCAGAACCACGGCAACACACUCAUCAGACCAUCCGACAGGUUCGAGACGUUUCACAUGUUGCAGCAGCAGGCUGUCCCGCAGACGAACCACGUAAACCACCACAAGACCUCAGACUCUGAGUUCAUGAGACCCAUCGUCCACGAGGUCCUCCUGGAGCCCAUACACCGCGACCUAGACGACCGCUGCAGCUUCCACAAAGACUCUCCCGACACCCCCAUGUUGGAGCAUCCCAUCGGAAGCACGGCCCUGGAAAUGGACACGCACAUGUCCCUCCCCUCCAACCCGGCGCCCUCUGCCCUCCCACAGUUAGACCACGUGUCGGCCUCGGCGCCCGUGUCUAGGGUUCCGUCCCGGGCACCGUCGCGAGCCGCCUCCACCCUGCCCUCCAGCGUUUGCACGAGGAACGGCCUCGUCUCCACGCCCAGCCCCAUCCUGGAGCCUAACGGGAUCGCGGCGGGGACGUACCAGAGGGCCCCGGCGCCGCAGCCGGCUGCUGACACACAAAAGCAAGUGCACAGGAGAAGUACUCUGGAGCAAGUGGAGCAGUGGGUCAAAGUGCAGAAGGCUGAGCACAAAGGCCCUCCAUCCAGAGAGAACACUCUCCCUCGUCGCACACCACCAACCCAGCACAAGUUCACCACCAUAGAUGCAUAUCAGACCCUGCCAAAGACCCCUCGCCAGAGCCCCACGCCCGCCCGAUUCGGUGAGUACAAGUACGCCCAGGACCGCCUCAGCCACUUCCGCCUCACCCCUGACCCCGGGCCCAACACCGUCUGGCAGCUGUAUGAGUGGCAGCAGCGCCACCAGUUCCGUCACGGCAGCCCCACGGCGCCGCUCUACACUCCGGCCCCGGACUACCCGUUUGGCCCUCGCCCCCCAUCCACCGUGCCUGCCACCUCCUCAGCACCCAGGUCGGAAGGAGCGCCCCGCUGUGUGUCGGUCCCACCUUCAUCUGCUGACAUCCCUCCGCCGGGGCCUCCGCCCGGCUCCAGCAGAACCCUGUCGCCUACAAAGAGGCCACACACGCCGGCUGAACGGGUGACAGUCAGGCCCGUGGGUGAUAGGUCAGUGGUGGACAUCCCCUUCGCUGUUUCCCCCCGCAGGACCAAAUCUCAGAUGCUCAAGGCUGCUACUAUCGAGAGACGGUCAAUGCCUCCAUCUGGCUACAUCACACACACAGUCAGUGCACCCAGCCUUCAUGGCAAAACGCCCGAGGAGCUCACCCUGCUCCUCAUUCAGCUGCGCCGGCAUCAGGCCAAGAUGGCCUCCGCCCGUCAGCACGCGUUUACCCAGCUCCAGCGGAUCAACGGUCCCAAAGAGGCAUACCACCACAACCACUUCCUCACCACUAGAACCAGUCCCCUCCUCAGCUCCAGUCCCUCUCCUGUGUCCCACCUCGGACCUGUGAGCCUCUCGGCUACCCUGGGCCCUUGCUACACCCAGAGUGAUGACACCUAUAUGCUGCUGAAGAAGGACUUGGAGUAUCUGGACCUGAAGGUAGCUGGAAGUCAGACACUGAAGGAGUCAGGGAAACCUGUCAAGGUUGCAGAAAGUGACGUGGAUGUGAAGUUGAGUCGGUUGUGUGAGCAGGACAAGAUCCUCAAGGAUCUGGAGGCCAGGAUCAGCUCCCUGAAGGAGGACAAGGACAAGCUGGAGAGUGUGCUGGAUGUGUCCCACCAGCAGAUGGAGCAGUACCAGGAGCAGCCGGCCCACGCCCACAAGAUCGCCUACCAGCAGAGGCUGCUGCAGGAGGAUCUGGUCUCCAUCCGGGCCCAGAUAUCACGCCUCUCCACGGAGAUGGCCCUCGCUUGGGAGGACUACAGCAGGCUGGAGAGAUCAGUGGAGCAGUUGAGGACGGCGCUGCAGGCACACAUGAACCACGGCGCCACCCCUCAGCAGGAGAAAGCUGAGAUGAAACGUGAGCUGUGGAGGAUCGAGGACGUGAUGGGGGGGCUGAGUUCCAGCAAAGCCAACUACAAGAUCACCAUCGACUCUGUCCAGAACCCAGAGAGGAAAUUAGUGCCUUCGGUGUCAGACCCGGCAGUGCCUUCUCUUAGCAUGGAGGUCCAGCCGCCUCCUCGCAGCUCCAUCCCCAGCAUCCGCUCCCAUACUUUGCCUCACAGCACCGUGCCAAAGUGGGCAGAGGACGCCGCCCCACCCCGGCCGCCGCUGCCUCGCCUCUACGACUACGAGGAGACGCCCCCGGUGGUGCCGCCUCUCCCCAAAGAGGCCUCGGUCAUCCGCCACACUUCGGUGCGUGGGCUUAAACGCCAAUCAGAUGAGAGGAAGAGGGACCGGGAGAGCGGGCAGUAUGUUGUCAAUGGAGACUGUAAGACCGACUUGCGGUCAUAUGUGAGUGAACCAGAGCUGCCGGGACUGAGCCACCACAGCACCGGGUCUGACGUUGACUACCAGUAUUUCCAAGGCCAAGGUCUGUCAGGCCCCUCAUCUAGACUGAACCAGUCCAACUCCAUCGCGUCCUACGUCACCCUGAGGAGAGGCCCCGGGAGCUCCGCACCCAGGGAGAGACCCAAGAGUGCCUUGGAGCGUCUGUCAUCGCCUACAGAAGCCCUGCCGCUCCCGAGCAGCCAGCCUCGAGGGCGAAUGACCGCGGAGGAGCAGCUGGAGCGGAUGAAGCGCCACCAGAAGGCGCUGGUUCGAGAGCGCAAGAGGAACCUCAGCCAGGGCGAACGCUCCUGCACGGGCCUCUCCGCAUCCACGGUCACCACCCAGCGCUCCUCCUCCUCCUCCAGACUGCCCUCCAGCACCUCCGAGCCUCCGGCCUCCGUGUUUGAUUGGGAGGAGGAGCGACUCGCUGCUGAGGGUCAGAGCGAUGAAGGGUGGAGUCAAAUGAGAGAGAGAGGGAGGAUCCAAUCAGACGAGUGGGUGACGGUGACGACUACAACCACACACAUACGAGAGGCGGAUGUGGAGCCUCUUGACUACGACCUGGAUAUCAGCCGAGAGCUGUCCAAACCGCGAAAGGUUCCCAUCCCAGAGCGCUACGUAGAGUCCGACCCUGAUGAGCCUCUGAGUCCAGAGGAGCUGGAGGAACGCUCCCGCCGGGCCGAGCGCAUCAAGAACCUGCUGGCUAAAUCCAGUUUUCAGAACAUACAGCCGUCUGCAUCACUGGACUUCGGUGAGCUGGACUCGGCUCUGCAACAGCAGGAGAGGAUCAUGAACGUGUCCCACGCACUGGCCUCCGAGGCCUCGCGCAAGAGCAAACUGGUCGCAGGGAUUGAGUGGCUGGAGAGUCGGUGAGCAUGUCUGGUCCAGCCAAAGCUGCUGCAGAGCACUGACCCAGAGGGACGGCCAACACAACCAAACAGAAGAGAUUCUUUAUGAAGGGGAAGAAAACUAAUCAUUUUUUCAGCAGUUAACAACUAACUGAUUCACUUCUAACAUAUCUGUUUAUUAUGAGUGAGAACAAGACGCAUUUCAGUAGUUUUGAUUCAUAGUUUAGAAAUAUAAUUAAUUCUUGCUUGUGCACAAUUAAGCAACAAUAAUUUAUAACACGAGUGAAAUGCUUUUUUCUUUUUUUUAAAUCUGCAAUUAGCUGUUUUGUAGUUUGGUCUGUAUUUUUAUGAGUGAAUAAAAGAAGAGUGAAAAGAAAGCCAACGCCAACAUACUCAGACUACAGGAGGGAUGUUUUCACAUGAAUCCUUUAUUUAUUACCUUGUUUGGCUAGACAUGCUUGUUCAACUUCUACUGUAUAUUUUCUAUAUAACAAUGAUGAUGGUCCUGUCAAAUCAACUAAAAUGCAUUAGAAUAUGAUUGAUAAUUAAAAAGAAAAAAACACAUGAAAAAAGUAAAGUCAUUUACAGAAAAUAAAUAUUAAAACAAGUUAA